AUGACUGGCAUCAGAUCAUUCACAACUCUCCUCUUAUUCGCUUUUAUUGCAAAAUCAUGUGAGUCUAAUUGAGACUUUAAAAAUUCCAUCUGAAAUGGGACAACUUCAGAUGCUGAUUGCUAUUUCGCUUUUCUUGAACCGUCUGGAGGAUGUUCCUCCGAUUCUGACUGUGGAGGUUCUCCGUGUGUGAUGGAUGUAAAGUCGGGAAGUCAUGUGUGCUGUAAACCUAAAGCAGGAACCACUGCACCAAGUAAGACAAAAUACUGGAAAAACUGUGUUUAACUGACUGAAAAACAAUUGUGUUCCAGAAUGCCCUGGAGGUCUGACGUAUUCUGGAAUUCCCGUUCUUUGUGACCCAUCUGAUGGGGAUGAUGGUUGCCCAGCUGGUUACACUUGCAAUCCAAGCGCAACUGACUUCACAAAGGUGAGCCCUUCGAACUAUCCUUUAAUCCCUCCGAAAAACGUUGUCGCAUUUGUUCGAUGUGCAAAGGGCAAAAGCGACAUGCAUUAUUCUAUCUAAUUGCAGGAUUCUGCCUCGCCAAACUCGUUGUGUUGCAAGCUCUAA